CGCCAGUUGUCCCUAGGAGCUGCGGAUCUCUCAACGUCUCCCGCGUUCUGCCCGCUGGCCGAUCGGUGUACUCCACUUGGCCAUGGAGCCGUCCCCCGACGCCGAGGAGGCGCACACAGUGCGCGAGGCGCUGGGCCGCUACGAGGCGGCGCUGGAGGGUGCGGUGCGUGCGCUGCACGAGGACAUGCAGGGGCUGCAGCGCGGCGUGGAGCGGCGCGUAGCAGAGGCGCUGCGCCUGGCCGGCCCUUUGGCUCGCACUGUGGCCGAGCUGCAGCGGGACAACCAGCGGCUGCAGGCACAGCUCGAACGCUUGACGCGCCAGGUGGAGGCGCUGGGCUUGGCGACUGGUGUGUCCCCUGCACCCGGCACGCCCAGUCCCCCUCCGGCAGCCACAGUUACCGACCGCGCCCCCCGCUUGGGCACUGCACGCUUCUCCAGUCAUGCCACCUUUUCGCUGUCCGGUCGAAGCCCGAGCGUGGAACAUGAUGAAGCCAGUGACCUUGAGGUGAGACGCGCUUCAAACUCAUGCAUCAUGGAGAACGGACACCAGCUGGAUGCAGGUCCAGCCAACGGAUCCUCUGAGGUCCAAACCUCGUCAGCCCAGGAGCCCCCGAGGCCACGCCCUGUGAGCCUCUCCUUGCGGAUGCCCCACCAGCCCGUCACAGCUGUCACCCGAGUCUCCGAGAAAUUCUCUGGGGAGACCUCAGCUUCAGCUCUGUCUCCCACAUCUGCUGCCAUUGUGGGGGGCUUCACCCCAAGCCCUAGUGAGGCCAUCAGCCCUUGGACUCCCAGUCCCGCUGAGAAAAGUUCCUCUUUCACUCGGUCUUUGUCUGGCUCUGGGUAUGGAGCAGUGACGGCUGGCAAACACAAGGACAGCCCUCCACUGGUGACCCCACCACAGUCACCCCCAUCCUCGCAGCCCCCAGCUAUGACUCAGGCCCCUCGCCAGGGAGAGCGUCGCAGGGAACUGGUGAGGUCGCAGACGCUGCCUCGUACUUCAGGGGCACAGGCUCGAAAGGCGCUGUUUGAGAAGUGGGAGCAGGAUACAGCGAGCAAGGGCAAAGGUGAGACCAGGGCCAAACUGAAAAGGUCACAGAGUUUCGGUGUGGCCAGUGCCAGCAGCAUCAAACAGAUCCUGCUAGAGUGGUGCCGCAGCAAAACUGUGGGCUAUCAGCAUGUGGACCUGCAGAAUUUCUCCUCCAGCUGGAGUGACGGCAUGGCCUUCUGUGCCCUUGUGCACUCCUUCUUCCCUGAUGCCUUCGACUACAAUGCCCUGAGUCCCACACAAAGGCAGAAGAACUUCGAACUGGCCUUCACCAUGGCUGAGAAUCUGGCCAACUGUGAGCGCCUCAUUGAAGUGGAGGAUAUGAUGGUGAUGGGCCGCAAGCCGGACCCCAUGUGUGUCUUCACCUAUGUGCAGUCGCUCUACAACCACCUUCGUCGCUUUGAGUAAAGC